GAUCCCCACUGAGAACGGCUGAUAACAAGGAGCACCAUCACUUGACGACUUGCAGAGCAACAAAUAAGACGUGUAUAGCCAGUGUUAAGAAGAAAAGACAAACAAGGAUAGAUGCCUCCUCCGACUGUCUUAAAGCGGAGACACUCUCUGCGGGGGAAAGACUUGUUCCCCGUCAUCAAAGAGCUGCGAGGACUAGAACAGCCGGUGAAGCAGUUCGCACGGUACAAAAUUAACACGCCGCUUGAAGACAUGGACAAAGAGGAAGUAAUUAACGCCGUCAGGGAGUUGACCGGAGAGUCGGAAAAAGACUGCCUGCAGACGGCUGGUAGAGAGAUGUCAGACGAGAAUUUAAGGACGCUUCUCCAUCUAGUUAUCUUAAGGGCGAAUGAGUUCGGCCAACCAGCUGGCCAAGAAUUAGCCGCCGAGAACAAGGAGAGUGAGCCGGAAGAGCCACCUGCCAAGAAAGGAAAGUCGGCACCGAGCGUUGAGAAGAGACUACAAGAACUUGAGAAAAGUCAGAAAAAUGAAGAGGACAAAGAAAUAGAGAAUGUGAAAGAAAAGGUGAGGAGUUUGGCACUUCAAAGCAGCCCUAGUAUCCCUCUUCUCCUUGUUUCUUUGGAUGAGCUCGCCAGAAUAACUAGGCGGAAGGGCCAUGAUGAGGCCUCCGUGUUUGAUGAGCUUUCCCGACAGGCUAAUUUAAAUCAAGACAAAAUUGAUGUCCCAAACUUUUGUCUAAGUGUCCUUGGAGGCAAAGCGUCUGAUAUAGUAGGUAAAGCGCUGUCUAAAGCUAUCAAAUCAAAACCCGAAACGAAACCGUCGGAAACGGAGAAGACUCCAACUCAAACUCAAUCUCCACUAUUGAAUCUAUAUGGUCAACCAAACUACAUGGGAUAUAUUCCACCACACUGCAAUUUUGUACCUGGUUCGCACGGAGUGGGUUCUCAGUAUGGGUACCGCCGAUACCAGCGCGCUCCAUAUCGGCAACCGAGGACCGGCUGUCUAUUCUGCGGGGCAAAUGACCACUAUGUCCGAGACUGUACGAAAAUGAAGGCUGCGAGAGGAAAAAUGAAUUCUCAAUGACAUCAGACAAUUUUAAAGAACGGAUUUAGUCAAUUUUAAUUAAUUUCUCAGACUUGAAAUGUACAUUUAUUGGUAAUUUCUUUAAGUAAAAUAUGAUAUUAAUUAUCACUUGUCAAUGAUUUGAAUACAUGUAC